GCGCAGCACUUAUUCCUGCGAAUUGACUGAAUCAUGUCGACAGAGUCGUCGAAGCAGAAGCGCAUGGCGCUGCACCAGUCCCUUGUCUUGGAGUUCCCUGGACGAGUGGAAUGCGUCGUGCACUACUCCAUGCGUGUGCUUGUGGGGACGGCGGACGGGCGAUUGGUUCUCUUCGACACGCGUAAGGACCCGAACAAGCCCGUGGGUGUGCACGAACUGCCACACAAGAAGCGCAUCCAGCAAAUCUUGGUCGUGCCGCACAUUCGCAUGGUGAUCGUGUUGGCGAACAACACGGUCACGGUGCACUCUGCAACAGACUUGGAGUUGGUCUCGUCCGAGUUUCACUUGGCCAAGGACGUGACGCAUUUGAGCGUCAACCAGCGCGGUCCGCCGCACUUUCGCGUGUGCGCUGCGUCCGCGACGAAGCUGCAGCUGUUCCAAUUCGAAGCCAAGGAGAAGCGGUACAAGUACUUGCGUGAAUUGGCCAUUGCCGACCCCCCCGAGGUCGUGGGGUGGUAUCGGAACAAAUUGAUCGUGGGCAGUCGUCGCGGGUACGCCCUCAUCAACGACAAGACUGCAGAAGCCCUGUCGAUCAACUUGAACGUGAACACGACCCCGAUGGUGAAGCUUCUUCCGAACGAAGAGAUUGUCGUGUCGGCCAUGGAUGCGUUGGGUGUGUUCCUCCUCUUCACGGGCGAACCUGUCCAGCGAAACUCCAUCGCAUGGACGAAAGCCCCCGUGGCCAUCGAAUACACGUCGCCGUACUUGGUGUCCAUGAUUCCGCAAAAGGGUAUUGACGUCCACAGCAUGCAAGACGGAUCCCUCGUCCAGGUAUGUCGUUGUAUGUAGCAUCGUACUAAUACUAGUACUACUAACUACCCUCCAUCUUCGUUCCCUCGUGUGUGUGAUCGACCACCAUAACCAUCGUCGUCGUCGUCGGUACUUCCGCUCUGUCUAGUCGAUCGCGUUGCCUCGGAUCACGGCCAUGUUUGGCAACGGCAUGAAGUGGGACAUGGAGCCGCGGACAGGUGGCGACUCGGAGGACGUGAUUGUGGUCGCGGCGCUCACUGCCACGGGGUCGACGUCCAUUUUCAAGGUGGAGCAAAUGCCCAUGGAGCAACAGGUCCAGGAACUGCUUGACCGCGGGCGGAUCGAGGAAGCGUCCGACUUGAUGAAGAAGAGCAUCUCGAGCCUGAACGCGGACAAGCAGAAGAGCCGCAUGCGCCGCUUCCACCGCCAGGUCGCGAUCACGCUGCUCAAGCGGUGUGAGUUCGAUGCCGCCGUCGAGUUCAUCUACCGGUCGGGUAUGGACCCGCGGGAGUGGCUCAGCUUCUUCCCGGAUCUCGUGAGCCCCAGCUUUGCGUACGAACCGACGAUCCUCACGCCCGACGUGCUCCCUCGCGGGUCGAGCGCCAGCCCCGACUGGAACUCCGUGCUGGCCGCCCUCCUCAAGGACAACGCGGGCAAUUUGGCGCCUGAACUGGUCGCGAAUGGCCACGCCAAGCUGUACACGAAGUCGUCCAAGGCCCUGCUCAAGUGUUUGGAAAUGAUAAAGAAACACUCGAGCCGAGACCGAAGCUCGUCGCGCGAAGGCAUGUUUGCAACGCCGCCUCGGUCCCGGUCCACGAGCCGCGAGUCAGAGUUUUCCGCCGCACACUCGUCCGGGGGCAGCUUCCACCGCGCACCAGUCCUCUCGCGGGCAGCGGCGACCGUCUCGUCUUCGUUUCCCAAGGACAUUCAGCGGUCGGAAGCCGUGGACACGGCGCUCCUGCGUCUGUACAUCAUGCACGAAUCCAUGUCUGAGAUCGCGGCGCUUCUAACGACCAUCGACCACCAAGGUGAAGGCGCACACUGCGAUCUGGGGUCGUCCCAGGCGCUGCUGAUGCAUCAUCACUUGUACUUUGAGUUGGGGCUGCUCUUUGAACGCCACGGCCGCGUACUUGACGCGCUCGACGUGUACGCGCGCAUGGGGAGUGGCGAGUACAUCCAGAACCCCCUCGAGGACAGCACUUCAGGCGCCCAAGCGGCGGUGGACCUGCUCCUGACCGUCGAGGACACUUCCCUCGUGCUGUACCAUUCGAAAUGGGUGCUCGAGGCAGAUCCCCACGAAGCCCUCCGCGUGUUUACGCAUCGACCGCGGCACUUGAAGCCGUUUGUGGCGGCAGAUGUGGUCGCACACUUGAAAGAGCAUGCGUCCGACCCAGCGGUGGUGCAAAAGUACUUGGAGAGUUUUGUGGAUGGGGGCGAUGGGGCAACUUCGACAGCAACGGACGCAGAAAACCCCCACCACACUCGACUGGCAUUGGAAUAUCUGGACGAAGUGCUCAAAGCCGUGCAAAGUGGCCUCGAUCCGUCCAAGUCUCAUCCUGGCAAGGAACCGUCGCCCCUGGGGGAAGCCCGCAAGCGUCUUCUCAAGUACUUGAAAGCACCAGAGUCAGCGUACGACGCCGGCGCACUCAUGGCCAAAGUGAAGUCGACGCCGGCUUUGCGCGAAGAGUUGCUUGUUAUAUGUGGCCGCGGCGGGUUUCACGAGCAAGCGUUGCUGGCGUUGCUAGCAAGCAAGAAUGUGCCGGCGGCGGAAGCGUACUGCGUCAAGUAUGGCAUCCCACGGAAGGGAGGGAGUAAUUACAACGGCGCGUUGCUCAAGUUGGUCGAGUUGUUGUUCAAGCACAAGGACGGAGACAUGGCCGAGUAUGCGCAUCUGUUGAUGGCCCGCCAUGCCAAGGCGUUGAAUGGCACGGCCGUGCUGAACUUGAUUCCUGCGUCGACACCCCUCGUCAAAGUAAUGGACUUCUUGAGCCAGCUCCUGCCCCACAGUGCCCACGAGGUAGGAAGACGACGAUGGGUCGUGACGAUAGGUUGUAUGUUUCAUGUCGUGGGGAUGAUGGAUCUAGGUGCGAGAGAAGACGUUGGCGCGCAACCUGUCCAACAUUUACAACCUGCAAGUCCAAUGCGAGCGCGUGGACAAGUACUCCGAGUCGGUGGAGAUCGACACCAAGACCACAUGCGGCGUCUGUCGCAAACGCAUCGACACCAACAUCUUUGCUGUGUACCCCAAUGGCUCUGUCGUGCACUUUGCUUGUGGGCCAAACGUGAACAUGCAUGUAGAUCCGAUCUCUGGCGAGAUCUUUGGUUGAACCUAAUACAGUCGUCAUGAGCUGGUACAUCUCUCUCCAUACACCGCUGUAGCGGCGUCCAAGGCAUCACGCCGACAACUUCAGCACGAGAUAGCUCAUGUUGAUGCAGGUAACCUUCGAGCCUCACCACGCCAUGCCUCCCUCAUCAGGAUUUCUCCUUCAACCAGAAGGUCCUGCAGUAAGGGCCAUGCGCCAUUUCG